GACGCGGACGGGCCGGCGGACGGGCGAGGACGCGGCCCCGCGCUUUCCUUGGGAGCCAACAUGAAUGAAUUCGCUGGAUUUGCCCCCAAGCCCAGUAGCCCCUCCAAGGAAGCCGUGGAGCCCACGCCCAGGGGGGUGUCGCUCCAGGAGGAUGUCGACAUGAGCAGUGGCUCAAGCGGAAAUGAGACCAACGAGAACUGCUCCACAGGGCGAGACUCACAGGGCAGCGACUGCGGCGACAGCGGCAAGGAGCUGGGGAUGCUGGGGGAGCCGCCCGCCACUCGGGACAGUCCAAGUGCCUAUAGCCUGAUGUUGGCGAAGUCUGAACACAACCCGUCUACAAGUGGCUGCAGCAGCGAGCAGUCCUCCAAAGCCGACGCGCACAGAGAGCUCAUCCGAACGCUCAAGGAGCUGAAGGUCCACCUGCCCGCCGACAGGAAGGCCAAGGGCAAGGCCAGCACGCUGGCCACCUUGAAGUAUGCCCUGAGGAGUGUGAAGCAGGUGAAAGCCCACGAGGAGUACUACCAGCUGCUCGUGUGCAGCGAGAAGCCCAGCUGCGGCGCCGACGUGCCCUCCUGCACCGUGGAGGAGGUGCGCAGCGCCGCCUCCGAGUUCCUCGUGAAGAGCGCGGACAUGUUUGCUGCGGCCGUGUCCCUGGUCACCGGGAAGAUCUUGUACAUCUCCAGCCAAGUCGCUUCCAUCUUCCACUGUAAGCAAGACGCCUUUCAGGAUGCCAAGUUCGUGGAGUUCCUGGCGCCCCGCGACGUCAGCGUGUUCCACAGCUCCACCACGCCUUGCAAGCUGCCGCCCUGGAGCCUCUGCAGCGGGGCAGAUUCGUUCUCUCCGGAGUACAUGGAGGAGAAAUCGUUCUUCUGCCGUGUCAGUGUCGGGAAGAACGCCGAGAACGAGGUCCGCUACCACCCGUUCCGCAUGACACCUUACCUGGUCAAGGUGCGGGAGCAGCAGGGCGCCGAGAGCCAGCUGUGCUGCGUGCUGCUGGCCGAGAGGGUGCACUCCGGCUACGAAGCUCCUAGAAUUCCUCCAGAAAAGAGAAUUUUUACGACCACACAUACACCCAAUUGUUUGUUCCAGGACGUGGACGAAAGAGCCGUCCCCCUCCUGGGCUACCUGCCUCAGGACCUGAUCGAGACCCCCGUGCUCCUGCAGCUUCACCCCAGCGACAGGCCCCUGAUGUUCGCCAUCCACAAGAAGAUCAUGCAGUCCGGAGGGCAACCCUUCGACUACUCGCCCCUUCGGUUCCGCACCCAGAAUGGGGAGUAUGUCACACUGGACACCAGCUGGUCCAGCUUCAUCAACCCCUGGAGCAGGAAGAUCUCCUUCAUCAUCGGGCGACACAGAGUCCGAGUGGGCCCUCUGAAUGAGGACGUGUUCACACCGCCAUGCGCAGAGGAGCAGGCCCUGCACCCCAGCAUUCAGGAGCUCACGGAGCAGAUCCACCGGCUGCUGCUGCAGCCCGUCCCCCACAGCGGCUCCAGCGGCUACGGGAGCCUGGGCAGCAAUGGGUCCCACGAACACCUCAUGAGCCAGACCUCCUCCAGCGACAGCAAUGGCCACGAGGACGCCCGCCGGAGGAGAGCCGAAACUUCUAAAAAUGGCAACAAGAUCAAAACCGAAAGUCAUUAUUCUGAUGAAUCUGAAGAACAGAAGAAAAAGUCUGCUACAGAAACGCGAAGUGGUUCCCCCAUGCAGGUGACAGCCGUCCAGGCGGCAGGGGACAGCUCCGGCGCCAGCCCGCCCGCAGCCACCUUUCCGGAGGAGCUGGCCUGCAGGAACCAGCCGGUCGGCUCCUACCAGCAGAUCAGCUGCCUGGACAGUGUCAUCAGGUACCUGGAGAGCUGCAGCGAGGCCGCCACCCUGAAGAGGAAGUGCGAAUUCCCCGUGAGCGCCUCUGUGCAGAAGGCCAGCGACAAGCGGAAGGCCACAGGCAGCCCCAGGCCACCUCCUGCAGAGGCAGCGGUGCCCUCUGGAGGGAGCACGCGUGCUGACAUCCACGCGCGCCUGGCCUCGCUGACGCUGCCCGGCAAGGCGGAGAGCGUGGUGUCCCUCACCAGCCAGUGCAGCUACAGCAGCACCAUUGUGCACGUGGGCGACAAGAAGCCGCAGCCCGAGCCAGAGACGGCGGAAGACCCUGCGAGCGGGGCCGAGUCCCUGGACUGCCUCGUGGGCCCCGCGCUGCCCUGUGGCCUCGGCCAGGACCAGGAGCCCUUCAGGAGGCUGGGCCUCACCAAGGAGGUGCUGGCCGCCCACACCCAGAAGGAGGAGCAGAGCUUCCUGCUGAAGCUCAAGGAGCCGAGGCGCGGCGCCCUGCAGUCUCGCUGCCGCCUCCUGUUCCGGGAGCGGCCCCGGGGGCGGCCAGGCGGAACAGCCGCUCCUGGACUGCGAUGCGCCUCUGGAAUAGAGGCCUCUUGGAAGAAGACUGGGAGGAACAGGAAACUGAAGUCCAGACGGGUCAAGCCCCUGGACUCCUCCGAGAGCACUGGGUCUGGAGGGUCCGUGCCCCACCGGCGCCCCCUGGUGGGCCUGAACACCACCGCCUGGUCACCAUCAGACACGUCCCAGUCCAGCUGCCCUGCGAUGCCCUUCCCUGCCACCCUGCCAGCGUACUCCCUGCCUGUGCUCCCGGCCCCCGCGAUUGUGCCAGCGCCAGGGGCCGUGGCAGCAGCACCCAUGGAGCCCCACGCCAGCUUCACGGUGCCUGCUGUGCCCAUGGACGCCCAGCACGAGUUUGCCUUCCAGCCCCCGCCGUUCACAGCGGCCCUGGCCCCCGUCGUGGCCUUAGUGUUACCCAGCUAUCCCUUCCCUCCUGUGAUCCCGAACCUGCCGACGGCCUUCUUCCCCGGUCAGAUGACCCCUGCGUCACAGCCCGAAUCCCCUGGUCGGACCUCACCCCCCAGACAGCCAAGCACUUGUCCUCGGACAGAGCGUGGGCCACCGGCGUCACGUGGAGCCACCCCGGCCACCCCGCUGUCGGCCACCGGGCUGUCGGGCCGGGUCUCCCCACCACUUUUCCAGUCCCGAGGCAGCUCACCCCUGCAGCUCAACCUGCUCCAGCUGGAGGAGGCCCCUGAGGGCAGCGCCACAGCCGCAGGGGCCGGGCCGGACUGCAGACCUGGCGCACCCCCAGGCUGGCUGCCGAAGGCACCGCCCAGCGCAAGGAUUCCCCGUGGCUCUCCCCCCGCAGCAGGUGGCCCCACAGCACCCACGCGUGACGAGCCCUCAGAUGCCCAGAACAGUGAUGCCCUCUCCACGUCCAGCGACCUGCUCAACCUCUUGCUGCGUGAGGACCUCUGCUCGGCCACAGGGUCAGCCCAGUCUGGAAGCGGGGCCUCCGCCACCUCCGAUUCCCUGGGCUCCAGCUCCCUGGGCUGUGACGCAACCAGGAGCGGCGCAGGCAGCAGUGACGUGAGUCACUCCAGCAAGUAUUUCGGAAGCAUCGACUCUUCGGAUAACAGUCGCAAAGCAGAGGCCAAGAACAGGGAGGGGAGCGAGCACUUCAUCAAGCACGUCCUCCAGGACCCCGUCUGGCUGCUGAUGGCCGACACCGACGACAGUGUCAUGAUGACGUACCAGAUGCCUGCCCGGGAUGUGGACGCGGUUCUGAAGGAGGACAGAGAGAAGCUGAGGCUGCUGCAGAAGCUGCAGCCCAGGUUCACCGAGCGGCAGAAGCAGGAGCUGCAGGAGGUGCACCCGUGGGUGCGGGCGGGCGGCCUGCCCGCGGCCCUUGACGUGGCGGAAUGUGUUUACUGUGAAAACAAGAGAAAAGGCAACUUUUGUAUACCAUAUGAAGACGACAAUCCACCCCUGGGACUCAGCGAAGCCACGGACACCACAGAAAAGGAACCCGGACCCCCCUGAGGCAGGAGAACGAAGGGCAGAUGUGACUCCCGCCGGCCUGCCAGCCAGUGGCCCGCAGGAGGUGGUGAUGGGAGGGCGACUCUGCAUUGUUUCUGAUGAACGGACAGAUAGACUUCUGCUGUUUUCCGUUU